CACGACUUUCAUGAACUUGUAUCCGCAUGCGACCGGUCAUCACCACAGCAUAACAUCUUGCGUGUCCGGAUCUCAAAGCGCGCAGCUCGGAUGAUCGAUCGGUAACGCCCAGGCCAUCGAUAUCCAACACUGGACUCGAUCUCGGAGGUGGAAGGAAGGGGGAAAGGCCCGGACUGGGACAAUGAGCUACUACUUCGCAAUAAUCGGCACUCAAGACAACCCUCUCUUCGAGUACGAGUUCGGCACGAGCAAGCAAGGCGGCGAUGGUCAAGCCCGCUUCAGCGAGCAGGCCCGGCACCUGAAUCAGUUCAUUCUGCACAGCAGUUUGGACAUUGUGGAAGAAGCGCAGUGGACGAAUGGCCAGCUAUACUUGAAAGUAAUCGACAGGUUCUUCACCAACUACAUCUCCUGCUUCAUGACAGGUGGCAACGUCAAAUUCCUGUUGUUGCAUCAGCCGACGGCGACAGCGGGCGGGGCGAGCUCAGGUCGCAACUCGACUUCGGUGGGCGCGAACCCGACCAGCCCGCAGACGGAGGAGGCAAUCAAGAACUUCUUUACCGAGGUGUAUGAGAAUUAUGUGAAAGCGAUCAUGAGCCCAUUCUACAAAGUCAACAUGGAGAUUCGGAGUCCGGUGUUUAGGCAGAGGGUUGCGGCUGCGGGGAGGAAGUACUUGUAGCCGCCGGGUCAGGAAAGGAUACCAAUCUGAGUUGUUACGGUCAUGCCACGAUGUUAUGUGUUCAGGUAAUCUCGCAUGAGCGCACUUCGCAGUCACCAAUGUUGCAGAGCAG